GGUGUAAGUUUAAACAGGAGAGGACCCCGUAGUUUGCACUGAAACUGCAGGAUGUCAGGAAAAGACAGGAUCGAAGUGUUCCCCUCUCGGAUGGCUCAGACCAUCAUGAAGGCGCGUUUGAAAGGGGCACAAACGGGUCGAAACUUACUGAAGAAGAAAGCGGACGCCCUGUCUAUGCGCUUUCGCCAGAUUCUGAGGAAGAUCAUCGAGACCAAGACCCUGAUGGGUGAGGUGAUGCGGGAGGCGGCCUUCUCUCUGGCAGAGGCAAAGUUUGCUGCUGGAGAUUUCAGCACCACGGUGAUCCAGAACGUGACCAAAGCGCAGGUGAAGGUCAGGGCAAAGAGGGACAACGUGGCAGGUGUUACCCUGCCGGUGUUUGAGCAUUACCAAGAGGGAGGGGACAGCUAUGAGCUGACUGGUUUGGCCAGAGGAGGAGAGCAGCUGGCCAAGCUGAAGAGGAAUUAUGCCAAGGCAGUGGAGCUGCUGGUGGAGUUGGCUUCCCUGCAGACCUCAUUUGUCACUCUGGAUGAGGCCAUUAAGAUCACCAACCGCCGUGUGAACGCCAUCGAACACGUAAUCAUCCCUCGGAUCGAGCGAACGCUCAGCUACAUCAUCUCUGAGCUGGACGAGAGGGAGCGAGAGGAGUUCUACAGGCUGAAGAAGAUCCAGGAGAAGAAGAAGCAGAUCAAGGAGCGGACGGAGAAGGAGAUGGCGGCUCGUUUGGCUACGCUGGGGCCCAUCAGUGAACCUGCCAACCUGCUGACGGAGGAGACGGACGAGGACCUGUUGUUCGAGUGACCCGGCUGUCAGAGAGGCUGAGCUGGAGAAUUUAUUAUUUAUUUACGAGCCUUCAAGGCCAUGGUGUCUUGUGGAACUAACCGUGUCUUUCGUUUCUUUUGGGUCCUUGUCCAUUUUGUUGUUUUGUUUAUUUCCUUUUAGUAAUCAAACGUUUUAACUGAGAUUCAGAUUUUUCUGGCAAAAUGGUCCCUAGUUCUUACAGGUACAUUGCAUCGUUCCUGUUCUUUCAGGGACCAAAUGAAGACAGGUUCUAGAUCAAAAAUUGGGAUUUGAGUUGAAGGGGCGUGAUGGUUGUGUUUUUCAGUUUUGGUCAUCAAAUGAGACAAAUGCACUUCAUCUGGUGUGUAUGUGCAUCAGAUAACCUCGACCUGUACAAAGCAAGUCAAAGGAAUCAGCCAAACUGGAAGUUGCUGUGAAUACGGUUUCCAUCAGGAUAAACUUGUAUAUGAACAAAAUAGUAAACAAUAUGCAACUUUCAACUUCAGCCUUUAUAUUUUUAAAAUUCUGUUGACAAUAUGUAAUUAGUAAUCUGCAGAACUGUCUUAAAUGGCUGGGUAUAUAUAUGACAUAGCACUUUGGAUGUCUCGGCGACUAAAAUGAACCCUUUUUCUGUAACACCCUGCGUCGUUACCAGCCAUGCCAAAGUUACAGAUGCACACUGGAACGUGUUCAUUUCCUGCCCUACACAUGGUUUACAUAAGAGUCUACUUGUAUGGCAAAGUAAACCCUGGCUUGCAGUAGUGCAUUGAAGUUCAUUGCAACUAAGAUGUUUAGCACAACAGCUGGAGAUCCUAAUGGUAAAUUAAUUGCUUUUAGCAUUUAUCAAGCAUGUUUAGUACGCUGCCAUGUCCAACAAUCAUUUAUUCUAAUGCUCUUACUUGGGCCUUGCUAUUAACUCAUUCACCAUACACUGUGCCGUCAACCUGCCCAGGCAGAAUAAGGAUCUUUUUGCCUUUCUCCGAACUAAGAGUGUGUACUGCUCAUGUGUCUUUCCCCCCCAUACCUUUGGACGAAGUUGUAUAAGCCAUCUGGUGCUUUACCCUUAUGCUGGAGGGCUGUACCUGAAGCAUGUCUCUCCCCCAGUCAGAACACUUUCAAAUGGGAAUAAACCCGAUGAACCAGCAUGAUCAAGGCCUCCUGUGCAUU